AUGGUACAACCCGCUGGCACAUCGCAAUCCAAACGGAAGCGUCGUGAACCAGACUCAGUCGGGUCAGCGAAGCCACCCGCUAAAAGGCAGCGAAAACCCUCCAAGAAAGUGGGAAGUGCUCCAGCCAAAGUCAUCGAUUUGCCGCAUAACUUAGGUACUAUAACUGUACCUGAACUAAAUAAAGGUGAAGGGGCCCCCAGUCAGGACACCCAGCCGAACGGAGCCGCCUCUAGCGAACAUUAUUCAGCAAGCUGGACAGCGAUAAAUGUUUCUACUCGAAGCCCUAUGCGAACCCCUUUUUCACAAGACCCGCAGCAGAAAUCCCAACCACGGCAACUUGGUAUUGACGUCGAAAUCGCGGCUGCUAGUCCCGCGGCAGUGAAGGGGAAAGCGGCGACGACGCCCAGGACAAGCCGGCGGAAAGCUCGGCCAGUGUUCAAUGAAACUCCCUUCCCAGAGUGGGCAUAUCCUACAGCCGAACAGUGUGAAGAAGUUUCACGCCUUUUAGCCACGGUUCACGGAGAAGUCAAAGCACCAGCAGCGAUACCACUGCCGUCGCUGACAAUAUCAGGAUGUGGAGAAGUCCCAAGUGUUCUCGAUGCCUUGAUUCGCACCCUCCUUAGUGGUGCGACCACCGGCAACAAUUCUGCAAUGGCGUUCCAGGGCCUCGUCAAGAAAUUCGGUGUUCUCCAAGAUGGUGUGGGCAAAGGGAGUGUGAACUGGAACAAGGUGCGGGAGGCCACAGUGCAAGAAAUUCGCGAUGCUAUAAAGAGCGGUGGUCUAGCGGAUACCAAGAGCAAACAUAUUAAAGAAAUACUCACCAUGGUAUAUGAGCAAAACAUAGCGCGACGAAAGGAUCUUGUCGAUGCAAAGCAAGGGGGCGACGAGACCGUCCAUCUUUCAGAUGAACAUAUGUUAUCCCUGGAUCACAUGCACGGCUUAUCCAAAGAUGAGGCGAUGCAGGAGUUUAUCAAGUAUCCCGGAAUCGGCGUCAAGACAGCAGCCUGCGUCGUACUGUUCUGCCUUCGUCGGCCAUGUUUCGCCGUGGACACCCACGUCUUUCGGCUUUGUAAGUGGCUUGGGUGGGUUCCGCCGGAGAAGGUCAAUGAGAUUACGGCUUUUAGGCAUCUUGAAGUGCGAGUUCCCGAUCAUCUCAAGUACUCGCUUCAUCAACUAUUUAUAUUCCAUGGAAAGGAGUGUCCAAGGUGUCGGGCUAUAACUGGCGCGACAAGUGAAGGCUGGGAGAAAGGUUGUGUUAUCGAUCACUUGGUGAAGCGGACAGGUAAAAGAAAGGGGAGCAGGUCCGGUCUUGUUCAAACCAAAUUGGCUGUGUGAGAGAUGUUUCUUUUCGAUAUUGCUUCGCAUAGUUAGCACUUUGGCAGCGUUUUGAACAUCUUAACAGAACUAAAAAAGACCCUGGCUGGAGCUGGGACUUGACUUUCGAUAGAUCCGAGCUGCGGAGUAUUUCCAUCCACGAGCUGUUCAUCUAAUUGGAUAGUUAUUGUUAAG